AUGAAGUCUCUGCUGUCUGUGUGCUGUGUGCUGUCUCUGCUGGCCCUGUCUGCUGCAGCACCCAGGCACCUGUCCCACUCUAUCCCCGCGACACUGUGCUCCAAGCCCAGGCCUCAAUGCAGCAACAGCUGGAGAAUCAUCAACAAAAGCUGCAGCUCCCAUCGGCUUUGUAGAGCGUUAAAGCAUCUUUUUGUCAGUGAAACAACUCUAAAAACCCACUGUACACUACUUGCCCAGCACCAUACUGUGAACAUACUGGAGCAUUUAGCAGAUCUUCUGACGGGGCCCUCCAUCCACGAUGAGGAUCCCCUGGUGCACCUGCAGCUCCAGCAGCCAGAGGGAGAUCUCUUCUCCUGUGGAUGUGAUGCAACAGAGGAGCAUGCCAGCCAAAGCUCCUCCAAUGACACCCCAGCCCCAGAGAGGGCCAUAUGUCAGCCCUGCAAACCUCCAUCAGCUGUAGACGCUGAAGAAGAGUCAGCUUCCGCCUCGGAGCAUGAAGAGGAGGAGGCAGCUUCUGUGGAGGGGGAUGCUUCCACUGAGGAGAUCACAGGUGAUGGAGAGGAAGAGCAGGAAGAGGCUGCGUCUCAUGAAGAGGUAGAAGAAGAGGAGGAGACGUCUGAGGAGAAGGUUGAGGAUCAAAGUGUGGAAGAGGAGGAAGUAUCUGAGGAGGUUGCAUCGUCUGAAGGGAUUGAGGAGGUAGCUAAGGUUGGAGAAGAAGAGGAAAAAGCAGAGGUGGAUUUAUCCAACGAAGAAGAAGAAGUGAAUGAACCUCAGGAAGAAGUUGAAGAAGCUGAAGCUGCUGCUGAUGAAGAAGCAGUUGAGGAACCAGAAGAUGAAGACACACAGGAGGAAACAGAUGCAGCCGCUGAGGAGGAAAGUGUGGAAGCUUCCAUAGAUGAGGCUGUAGAGGAUGAAGCUGCUGAGGAAGAGGUUGCACUGGAACUAGAAGCAGCUGCAUCCGAACCAGAAGCAGAACCAGUUGAGCUUCUUCAAACAGACUCUGAAUCUGAAGAACCAGAGUCUGAAGCGUUAGCAGAAUCUGAACCAGAACCAGAGGUGACCGCAGAGCCUGAGGCCGAAGUGUUGGCAGAGCCAGAACCAGAAGUCAUUUCGGAGCCUGAACCUGAACCAGAAGAGAUUCCUGAGCCUGAACCAGAGGUGACUGAAGAGCCUGAGAUUGAGGUGGUUGCAGAGCCAGAGAUGAUUUCAGAGCCUGAACCAGAACCAGAGGUGAUUUCUGAGCCUGAACCAGAACCAGAGGUGAUUUCAGAGCCUGAACCAGAACCAGAGGUGAUUUCUGAGCCUGAACCAGAACCAGAGGUGAUUUCAGAGCCUGAACCAGAACCAGAGGUGAUUUCUGAGCCUGAGAUUGAGGUGGUUGCAGAGCCAGAGCCUGAAUUGGAGCUGGAGCCUGUCGUGGAGGAGGUCGCACCUGAAUCUGCAGAGGCUGUCACUGUUGAGGGGGAACCAGCGGAGGAGGCCUCAGAAGUUGCUGUUGAGGAGGCGAUGGUGGAGGAGGCACCUGUUGAGGUAGAGGAGGUGACAGUGGAGGAUGUGUCUUCAGAGGAGCCUGCACCAUUAAAAACCAAAGGCCGGGGUCUGAGGGACCGCACCCACAUCGAGGACAUGCUGCAAUUGGCUACUACUGAACCCUCAAAAGAGUUCUCAGCUGCUAUGAAGAAGCUGCUGAACAUCUACCACACUGCCAUCAAGCCAAUGGAGCAAGCCUACAAGUACAACGAGCUCAGGCAGCAUGAAGUCACAGAUGGCGAGAUCACCUCUAAGCCCAUGGUUUUGUUCCUGGGACCCUGGAGCGUCGGCAAGUCCUCCAUGAUCAACUACCUGCUGGGUCUUCACGGCACCCCACAUGAACUCUACACAGGCGCUGAGCCCACCACCUCAGAGUACACGGUCAUAAUGAACGGGGAGAAGUUUCGGUCCAUAGAGGGCAUCGUCAUGGCAGCAGACAGCUCACGGUCCUUCUCGCCCCUGGAGAAGUUCGGCCAGGGCUUCCUGGAGCGGCUGGUGGGCAUCGAGAUGCCCCACAAGCUGCUGGAGAGGGUCACCUUCGUAGACACGCCCGGCGUCAUUGAAAACCGCAAGCAGCAGGAGAGAGGUUACCCCUACAACGAGGUGUGCCAGUGGUUCAUCGACCGAGCAGACCUGAUCUUCCAGGUGUUCGACCCCACCAAGCUGGACGUGGGCGGGGAGCUGGAGAUGCUCUUCAGGCAGAUGAAGGGCCGCGAGUCCCAGAUCCGCCUCAUCCUCAACAAGGCCGACAGUCUCUCCACCCAGGACCUGAUGAGGGUCUACGGGGCCCUGUUCUGGAGCAUGGCGCCCCUGAUCAACGUCACAGAGCCCCCUCGGGUGUACGUCAGCUCCUUCUGGCCUCAGGACUACGCUGCAGACACCAGCCGGGAGCUGUUCGUGAAGGAGGAGACCUCUCUGCUGGAGGACCUCAACCAGGUGAUUGAGAAUCAAAUGGAGAACAAGAUCGCGUUCAUCCGCCAGCAUGGCAUCCGUGUGCGCAUCCACGCCCUGCUGGUGGACCGUUACCUCCAGACCUACAACGACAAGCUGGGCUGGUUUAGCGACCCCUACGAGGUGUUCCAAGACAUCGUCAACGACCCGGACAAGUACUACAUCUUCAAAUCCAUUCUGGCCAAAACCAACAUCAGCAAGUUCGACCUGCCCCACAAGGAGGCCUACCAGGACUUCUUUGGCGUGAACCCGGUCUCCAGCUUCAAGCAGCUCUCCUCCCACUGCAGCUGGACCGGCGGUUGUCUGCUGGAGAAGAUAGAGAGGGCCAUCUCCUACGAGCUCCCGGCUCUGCUCAGCAGCGUGGGGAAGGCCCCAGACACGCCUGCACCGGCGAAGGCUGCACCUUCACCUCCGCCUCCGCUCCCUGGCACCUGUGAGGGUCCGGGGUGUGAGGAGAAACCCAAGAAUCGCUGGAGGAGGCAGUGAGGCGGAGGCGAAGGGGUGCAGGAGGAGGAACAGAGGAGGCAGAUGGAGACAGCAGCCAGAGGGUUUCCUGAAAUAAAUACUCAUUGCUGUGAUUUUCAGAACUGGGUAUGGAGAGACUGAGCAUGGAGAGGAAAGAGAGUGGAACAUGUGCAAAGAUGUACCAAGCAGACCUGGGUUAGUUUUACAACAAUUCUCUGGUACACAUUGUCCUACAUGACACCCUUCUGGUAUGUAGGUGGGUCAAAACAAAGUGUUUGUUUUUUUACUAUGGUUUAGUAGGGGAAGAAAAUGUAGAAAAAGAGGCUUGAAGUCAACUUUCCAUCUGAAGCCAGUGUUGUCUGCAAGAAAUACAACAGGCAAAAUCCAAGACCAUGUUAAUGAAAUCUGAGACUGAAUGUUUUUAAGUUUGUACAUUAUUUAUUCAAGUUUUCUGCUUCAGAGAAAGAUGCUGGCAGCGAUUGUACUCCUCCAGUGUAGUGUAGUUACACAAUAAUUGCUGCCACUAUUUGGUCUUCUGUGUUGUUUGCAAAGUCUGAAGAUUGAGAUUCAAACUGCUGUGCUGUGUUUUUACAGUAAAAACCAGUGUAUGUCGUCAUUAUUGUGUCACGAAGCUAUUUUUUUUUUAAUGGUGGCACAACCAAAUAGAAAGAAGGAUUUUUCUUGUAGUGUUUUAUUAAGCAGGGAUUCAACCAUGUUUAGUCACUGUACUGCACUGCUUGAUACUGCACUGUCUUCUCUUCUCUGUUGUACUAUACUACAUAUAUAACAGAAGCACAUUUUAUUCAAAAUAUCUCAGUGCUGCACUGGGACUGAAUUGACCGAGUACAAAAACACAAUUUAGGCGUAGCUUUCUGUUCAUGUCAGCUUGUAUUUAAUGCCACCGCGGCCUCUCAGCCCUCUGAACUGUUGCUAGUCUUACCUCAAAGCAGCUGCA